AGAACAAUAUCACCCACCCCCGCAACGUCUAAAAUGAUGCGGUUCGGGGAAACCCCAGGGGACCCAGGAACAAUUACGAAACGCGCCAAGGCGGCUUCGAUCUCAAACAUGGCGGAUGUGGAAGACGUAGACGCUGAAGUCGAACAAUUAAACUGGUACCAUGGGAACAUCAGUCGACAUGUCGCCGAGGGCCUACUCAUGGCUAAUGGAAUGGACGGUAGUUAUUUAUUACGUGACAGCACAACUAACAAAGGGGAAUACUCCUUAACAUGCAGAUGUGCAGACUCAGUAAAGCAUUUUCAGAUUGGCCGAGAAGGGCAUCAUUACACAUUUGGAAUGGGCAAAUUCACAACUCUUAAUGAAUUUGUCCAACACUUUGAAAAUAAGCCUCUCGUCGGAGGUGAAUCAGGAGUUUUAACCCUUUUGAAAUAUCCAUAUCCAAGAGACAUUGAUGAGCCAUCAACGUACGAAAAAGUGAGAGUUCAUGCAGAGUGGGGUAAAAACCGUGCAGGCCAAUCCCCAACAGAAGGACAUAUACAAUCUUUUGGAUCUAAAGAAGGAUACCUCACAAAAUUGGGAGGAACAGUUAAGAAAAACUGGAGAACAAGAUGGUUUGUACUGAUCAAGAAUGAGUUGAGAUAUUAUAAGACAAAAGGCGAUAGAGAACCAAUCAAAGUUUUAGAUCUGGAGGCAUGUUAUGAAGUGGCAAAAGAUGACUCUCAAAAUAAAGCUAACUGUUUUAGAAUUGUAAUGCCAUAUAGGACAUUUUACUGCUUUGCAAAUUCCGCCCAAGAAGCUGAAGACUGGAUUAAAAUGCUGCAAUGGAAGCUGGAGAAUUUGUCUAUUGGGAAAAAGCGUCAGUCAUCUGUUAGAUAACACAACAAAUCUAGGUUGACAGAACUAGACUAUACUUUGUUUGCAUUGUCACUAUUUGUCAACUCAUUGAUGGAGGAACCGAGGAGGUGACCUCUCUUUGGGGCUUAAUGGGGAUAAUUCUUUGUAUAAAUGAUAUUCAAGGUCUUUCCCUUUACUGUACUUUCUUUUUUCAUAACCCUUUUUGAAGGUCACCAUCUAAUUGUCCAGUCUACGAAUUCCACUGUUCUUGGAAAGGUAUACAAAGGAUGUAUAAAUACGGCAAAAGUCUAGCUAAUUAAUGGCAAGAAACCAUUUGAACAAACUAAGAAUACUACACUUGUGGAUUUAUGUGCAUUUAUGUUCACUUAUUAAUUCUGUGUUGUGACCACAGUAGAAUUUUAAAACUGGACUAUAACCUUUUCAUUUAUUGUCAAAGUGUUUUGACAAUAUUUUUAAGGUGAUUGCAAGCAAAGAAUGAAUAUACUAGCUUAAUACAUGUAUGCAACAGUUUAUAGGAGGAGAAUUGCUUGUCUUUGUCUCAAUUCUUACAGGGGUGGAUCUGGGAACGUCGAUAAAUGACACAUGGCAGAAGCCAAAUAUGUGGUUUUAGCCCCAAUACAUUUCUUCUAAAAUCUUAGUACAAAGGGGGUGGGGAGUUAACACUGUACCCCAUGGACCCACAAUGCCUUGCUGGAGUAUAAUAGAAAAAAGUAUGAUAUUGUAAAUUAUAUAAAUGUAGAAAGCAUGUGUGUUUGAUAGGACAUCUAGGGAAAUAUAUAUAGAAAGAAGUAUUAAAUUAAUCUUUUAUCAAUAUUCAAUGUACUGUGGAACACCAUUAACAUUAACCCUUAAAAAAAUGAGGGUAUUUAGGGAACUCAUAGUCUUUUAAAAGUCCCCACGAGAAAGGAGUGUUUAACACUGGGGAGUUUAUAGUUUAAAUUUGCAUGUUAGUAGGGGGUUUAAGUUAUUGGGAUUCCACUGUAAAAUCUGAAUUUCUGUAACAACUUACUGACACAACCUUAAAAAGUGCUAAUCAAAUCAUAAAAUAUAAUUGAUCUUGGUUGACUGAAUUUUGAGCAAAUUAUUUAUGAUUUGGUAUCUACUGUAUAUUUAUUAAUUGAUUCUAACAUCCCUUGAUAAGUACUAAAGCGACAAAAUUCUUUUUGAAUUGCGAAAGCCCUAGUAGCCUGGUUUCUUUUCAGACACUCCAAGAUGGUUUGCUUUACUUCCCCUCUGAUCACUGAAGUUCUGAUAAAUCAGUGUAAUAGUCUAGGGUUUCCCUGCCUUGAACAUAAAUUUUAAUUAAGACAAAUUGAGUCAGAAAAAUAUCUUGUGUAUGAUGAUGAUUUUUAUCUUUUUAAAAUUUGACAGUUGUCUUAUAAUUGUGUACAUUACAAUCAAUAUGAUUUAUGAAAAUGAAUAAUAAACUUAAAUAUUAAAACAUCA